AGUUAUGCUCUCCUAGUCGUAAUCUUUGGCUUAAUUCUCUCCCCCACCUCCUCCACUCUCUUCCAUCUCUCGCCGGCGAUUUUGCUCGACGGUCUCCUUUCUUCGCUUGGACAACGCAAUCGAAGCGGGAGAAACCCUAGCUUCGACGGAAUAUCUUCCCGACGCCGUGGAGAAGUUUUCCCCGGUCACACUCCCUAGAUUUGGAUCUGGUCAUCGACUUCGGAUCGGAUUUAUAGGGGUUUCAACGUGGCGGCAAUGUGAAUUCAGAUCAUCGAAUGUGAGAAAUGGUUGCUGCGGUUUCAACUUCGUUCAACGUUAAAGCUGCUCAGACGAAGGCUACGAGGCCGCCGGCGCCGUCGUUGCCGCCGGAAUUGAACAGUUCUUCCGCCGCCGCCGCUAACCGCCGGCCGAAAAUUCGAGAUGUGGCCUCACGGUACCUCAGUACAUCUACUUCUUCUUCCUGCUCUUCUCUUUCCUCGUUUUCGUCUUCGUCCUCCUUUAGAUCAUCUUCCUCUUCGACAUCGUCAUCGUCCUCUGCGGUUUCGGCGGCGAAGAGAAGUCCGUCACCGAUGGUUUCCAGAACAAAUCGGCCGUCAACUCCAUCUGCUGCAAAGCGGUCGCAAUCUGUGGGACGGAGAGAGCCGGUGACACCUAGGUCGGAUUCGUCAGAUCCAAGAGGUAAAGGAGAGGUCUCGACGGCGCAGAGAAUGUUGUUGACUUCUGGGAGAAGCUUGUCAGCUUCACUUCAGGGGGAUUCGUUCUCGAGGCAGCAGACGAACAGAUCGAAGCUGACACCAUCUCCGACUACCGGACGGAGAGGAACGCCGGAGAGGAGGAAGACGACCACGGUGGCGACACCUGGGAGCUGGAGCGGAGCGGUUCAGCGCGAGAAGUCGAGGCCCGCUGAGCAGUGGCCGAGGUCUCGGCAGCCUAGUUCUCUGAGUAGAAGCGUGGACUUCACUGAUGAGAGAAAGAAAUUGAGCGGACCAGGCAAUGGCGCAGUUAGAGCACUGCAGAGCUCCAUGAUUGAUAAUAGACUGGUUUCGCAUGGAAGCGUCGCUUCAGAUUCAACAAGUGCUGAUAAGGAUAGGGCAGAUUCUUCGGCGGUUGGGUAUGAUUCCAUCGUAUCUGAUACAGAGAGCGUGUCUUCCGGUAGCACUGUUUCUGGAGGGCAAGAGAGGAUUGGAAGAGAGCAAAGGCUGUCUGCUCGUGGGGUUGUGGUUCCAGCUAGAUUUUUGCAAUUGACAAAUAGUUGUCCCCGGCAGCAGCAAGAGCCUGGCUCACCAAUGUCUAAAACUAAUGGACUGAAGCCAAUGGCAUCCACGAAGCUCAUUGCUGUGCCGAGAAAGUUCUCUGUGGAUAGUCCUGUAUCAUCUCCAAAAGCAGUAGUCAACACGAGAGGGCAGUUAUUGCCAAUGCGUGAUCAGCUUCGACCUGCUUCACCUAGCAAGUUGGCAACACCCGCAGCUUCUCUUCUGAGAGGAGCGAGCACACCUAGAGGAGUAAGCCCUUCGAGAGGCAUGAGCCCUUCAAGAGAGAACCAAUAG